AUGUUUGAUGAAUACACCACCAGCGAGGAGGUCAUCGAGACUUUCAAGUCUCUGAUUAAAGGACGGACAGUCGUUUUGAUCGGCGCUGGUUACCCCACAAGAGCGUCGCCUGCGCAUAUCCUCGUUGCAUCCCGAACAACUUCGAAGGUUGAGCCUGUGUCAAGGACUAUUGCGGGGAUUGACGACUCCAUCACAACGACUUUUGUACAAGUGGACACGACAGACCACGAAGCAGUUCGUGAAGCAGCGACUCCCACGAUCGACGUGCUUAUCCAUAGUGCUGGGGCCAUGGCUACUAAGGAGUACACACUCGACAGCCAAGGGAUCGAGUUCCAGCUUUCCGCAAAUCACAUUCGCAGUUUUCUGCUGACGAAUCUGCUUAUGCCCGCCUUGUUAGCCGCAGAUGAAGCGCGCUUCGUGAACUUUACGAGCGCAGGCUACCGCCUCACACCCUUCUGGUUCGAUGGCUGGAACUUCUCUGACGGCAAAGAGUACGCCCCGUGGUUAGCCUACGGACAGGCCAAGACGGCGAACAUCCUCUUCACAUACGGCCUAGGCAGACGUCUUCAGCACCGCGGGAUCACAGCAUUAAUCGUGCAUUCCGGAUAUAAUGGCGACACCAAGCUGGGAGCGCACCUCACUUGGGAAGAUUAUGGACUCAUUGAUGGUGUCAUGAAGCAGAAUCGCGGUGUUGAUUGGGUGUGGGAGGAGCCUAGGUUCAAGACAUUCUCACAAAUCGCUGCCACAUCGCUCAUUGCGGUGCUUGGUCCUGAUCCCGCUUCCAAAUCACCGGCCUUCUUACAAAACAGUCAGGUCCAUGAGCCAGAAGAACACGCGAGGGGCCUGGAGAGCGUGGAAGAGCUGUGGAAAUUAAGUGAAGAGUUGGUAAAGCAGAGAUUCAAAAGCUAUGUGAUGUCCUUCGGCGUAAACACUCUUGGAGCUAUUCACAACGUACCGGCAUACCGUGUGUCUCGGUGA